AUGAAGUUCUUCGAGUCCCAGCACGAGUUUGAUUACUCAUGGGAAGAGGUCUCGACUGCAAACUGGCGCAAGUACUGCCCGUGGAACCACAAGAGCACCCACGUUAUCGCCGUCGACACCAUUUCGCGUCAUGUUGACCCGGACACCGGUAUUCUCCGCACCGAACGUCUCAUCACCUGCCAACAAUCAGCACCGAAAUGGCUCGCUUCCUUCUUCGGAGGUGAAGAAGUCUCCCAAGUCUACGAAACCUCCUACGUCGACCCUCGCGCAAAAAAGGUCACCAUGUGCAGCAUGAACAUGACAUUUAACGAUCUCCUCUCCGUCCGCGAAACUGUCGUAUACCGUCCCUCUCCCGCCGGUCCCAACUCUCGCACAAUCUUCCAACAAUCCGCUCAGAUCACUGCCUUCUGUGGCGGCUGGCAAAAAAUCAAGAAUAGCAUUGAGAACUUUACCGUCGAGCGCUUCAAGGAGAAUGCUAUCAAGGGCCGCGAGGGCUUUGAGGCUGUGCUCGAGAUGAGCAGGAAGGUGUUUGCUAUGGAGAGGGAACGUCAGCGCCUCGCCAUUGCUGUCUGA